UGCGGACGAGGGAGUGGAAAUGGUUGGACGUCCGGGAGAGGCUGCUGAAGGUCGGUGUCGACAGGCCGGCAGACAAAUGCGGGAAAAAAUAGGACAAUCUCAUGCAGCAGUUCAAGAAGGUCCAUGCUUUCAUGGGCAUGUCGGGGAAGGAGGACUUCUUCCAGUUGACGAGUCAGCAGAGGGCAGAGAAAGGAUUCAGCUUCAACAUGGAUCAAGCCGUGUUCGAGGAGAUCAAAGGGGCGAGGGAGAGGAGCCACACUAUCAGCCCGACCAAUGUCGCAGACACUGGCGGGGCAGGGGUUGUGCAACUCCCAUCUSCACAGUCGGCGACUCCAGAAUCUGUGGGGGAUGGGGAAGCCGCAGGUGAUGGAAACGACGAAGACGACAGCUCAGCACAAGGUGGCUCAYAGACGAGUGGUGGCCCGACCGGGCUCGGGAAGAGRAAGAAUGWGCGGCAGCUUACAUUCGAGGCGUUGUYGGAGUGCAUGGACAAGCAUGGGGCGUUGAUGGUGUCGACGAUGGAGAGCGCCARCAGGAGGCAGUGCGAGACGAUGGAGAGCGCRAGCAAGAGGCAAUGCUUCAUCCAGAUUCGGCAGUGCGAAGCUAUCGAAGCGGAGGUGAAGAUCCARAAACAACACUGAGACUGGAUUGGAUGGGUACCGGACCACCCGAGAUCGACGACGAAGAGGAGGAGAAGGCAGACGAGGGGGAGGCGUGAACGAUGGUCGCGGACUGCAUGCGAUGACGACGAUGAUGCAGAUGAUGAUGAUGAUGAUGGCGACGAUGAUGACGAUGGCGACGAUGAUGCAGAUGAUGAUGAUGAUGAUGGCGACGAUGAUGACGAUGGCGACGAUGAUGACGAAGGCGGCAACGAUGGAGUCGACGAUGCUGAUGAUCAAGACGGCGGCCACGAUGAUGAUGAUGAUGACAACGACGACGACGACGACGACGAUGAUGACGAUGAUGAUGAUGAUGAAGACUACGACGAUGAUGAUGAUGAUGAUGAUGAUGAUGAUGAUGAUCAAGACGACGACGACGAUGAUGACGAUGACGAUGAUGAUGAUGAAGACGAUGAUGAUGUGGAUAUAGACGACGACAAGGACGACGACGAUGAUGAUGAUGAUGAUGAUGAUGACGAUGAUGAUGAUGAUGAUGAUGAUGAUGAUGAUGAUGAUGAUGAUGAUGAUGACGAUGAUGAUGAUGAUGAUGCCGAUGAUGAUGAUGAUGAUGAUGAUGAUGAUGAUGAUGAUGAUGAUGAUGAUGAUGAUGGCGCAGACGGCUGUGAGGUGCUAAUGGAGACUGCGUGGGAGUUGGAGGAGGGGCCGCCCCCUCAUCUUCGUGCGCUCAUAGAUGGACGACGAUUGGGCAGCUUGAUGCGGAACUACUACGAAGACCUUGAGGAGGGGCAAGAUCUUUGUGCUGAGCUGGAAGCACGCUGCUAUGAGGAUGACAUCGACUCCGUUGCUGACGACGCCGUUGACAUCGGUAGUAGGGAUGAUGGCGAGCUUACUAGCACCACCGUUCUUUUCAACAACAUUGCUGACAGCGAGGACAUUGGCGAUCUCAUCUGCGGCGCUGUCCGUUACAAUAACUACAAUGACAACAACAACAACAACAACAACAACAACAACAACAACAACAACAACAACAACAACAACGACGACGACGACGACGACAACAACAACGACGACGACAACGACAGCAACAACAACUACAAUGACAGCAACAACAACAACAACAACAACAACAACAACAACAACAACAACAACAACAACAACAACAACGACGACGACAACAAUGACAGCAACAACAACAACAAUGACAAAAGCAGCGAUUAUCGUUGUGUUGGUGACGUUGCUUCCAUUGGUGUCGUCAACAACAACCAAAUUAGUGACGACAAUAUCAGCGCUGCUGGCAACGACAAUAACAUCAGUGGUGACGAUCGCAGCAACCACAACAACAAUAUCGACAAGCACUAUAACACCAGCGAAGAGCGGAGGUUACGGUCUCAUUAUUUCACUGAGAAAGAGCGGGAGUCACUAAUGACAGCUGGUGGAGAUAAGUCUGACACUCACCUCGGCACCCCUACUUACUCGUCGGAGUACCCCUUCAGCCCAGGCUCUAGGGAUAGAUUUAGCCGUGCAGGAGAAGAAGUCGGACGGGAUCUACCAGCCAGGAACCAAGCAGUCUCCAGAGAAGAAGUCCAUCUUCUUCAUCUCAACUUCCAGAUGCAUCAGGCGGACCUCAACCAGGUCAGAGGCAUCCUCGACAGGGUCAUACCUUCGUUGGAAAGGAAGAGUGGAAUUGCGCAGGAAGAAGUGAGAUCGCUUCAAGCAAUUUUUGACCUUCCAGCCUGGAGGAGGCAUAUUGCAAUUCUCAUCAGAGUCAAGCUGAUCGAGCUCAAUUACCAGCAUUUUGAGAAAGGAAAGCUGGCGGCCAGUGCCUUCAAGAACACCCUGGCAGGACUUGCUGAUGAACUCUGCGACAAACGUUGCCCAGAGGAUGUAAAAGCUCUGUUAAGAUCACUGGAGCUGGAUACUGCAGUCCUCGCACUGGCCAGAGUUAACAAGGAGUGGGAUGAGCAAGAGAACAAAGCGGCCAUCAGAAGUGG